AUGGCAAAUGAAUAUAUUUUGGAAGCACACGUGAUGUUGGAGGUUAUAUCAAAAGGCUACAAAUUUUUAGUUAAGGCUUCUGGGAUCCCUUCUGAUGAGAAAGUGAAGUUUGCAUAUGCAAUCAACAUAAGAAAGCUAGUCAAGCCACCACUACCAGCAGGAUACUGGGGGAUUCUGACCAAGGCUGAAGACCAUGUCGAUCAACCGAUAUAUAAAACAGCAGAAUUGAUCAACAAGAGCAAAUACAAUGUAUCUGAUGAAUAUGUUCGAUCAUUUAUCGAUUUUCAGGAGCUAAAUUAUCAUGAAGGGACCACAGUAGGAGCAAAGGUGAGUGGAAUUACUGAUUGGAGACACUUAGGCCAUUCCACAGUGGACUUUGGUUGGGGAGGUCCUGUUACAGUUUUUCCUCUGUCAAGAAACCUACUUGGAAGCGUUGAGCCCCGUUUCUUUUUGCCCUAUUCUUCAGCAAAUGAAGGGGAAAAGGAUGGUUGUAAACUUUCUGUGUGUUUGCAAGAACAUGCUGUUUCAGGUUUCAAAGAAGACAUGAAUAAGUUGAAGAAUUUAGAGCCUGGAUUCCUUUGA